GGCAAUGGAUACAAACUAUUACUUGUCUUAAUCAAAUCAGCACCACGUAAUACUGAACGCAGGGAUGCUGCCAGACGGACGUACAUCAGUGGGGCCGCGAAAUUUAAUGUGUCCACAAGGUUGCUUUUUAUCGUGGGAGAUUCCAAAGCACAAGACGAGAGGAAAAACAUUCAGGAAGAGGCCCGAAGACACAGAGAUAUCCUGAAGGUGGGCUUCCACGACGGUUAUUACAAUCUCAACAUCAAACUGGUCAUGGGGUUUAAAUGGGCCUUGCAAUUUUGCAACAACAGUGAAUUCUUGAUGUCAAUGGAUGACGAUGUCAUGGUUGAUAUCGUGACCCUGGUCAAUGACCUCGACGCUUUACCUCCAAAGGAUCACUUUCAAUUCGUGCUUGGAUCUAAGGUAGAAGGGGCUAAACCGUUUCGUGACGUGGAGAGUAAAUGGUACAUACCAAAGAACUUCUACCCAGCUAAGAAGUACCCUCCAUAUCCAUUAGGGCCUGGGUAUGUUAUGUCACAUCACGUAGUCGAAAAACUCUAUCUGAUAUCCAAAGAAAUCCCAGCAACGACGCCGUUUGACGAUGUAUAUUGCGGUAUACUCUUGGACAAGUUGAGCAUCAGAAUCGUUGAAAUCGUUCAAUGGUUUAAAAACCGCCACCCGCAAAAGAAAAAGCAGGGUUUUUUAAAGAUUGAGUUAUCACCGCAGAAAAUGGAGAAUGCUUGGAAAAGUUUUGAAGAAGAUUUGAAAAAUAGAACUCUCGGCCCCGUCUUAUAAAGAGUUAAUUUAUUUCUGAUAUCACUAACAAUGGUGGUCUUUCGUGAGGCCAUGUUAAACAAUCUAAGUGUAUUAGUUAAAGAGCAAUUGAAUGUAAAUAUGUAUAUAACAAUUUUGGUAUCCCGUGCGUUCAGCUAUAUCAGAUUAUUAAAUGAACGUUUUUAAAAAUUGUAUUUAAUUUGAAAAUUUCAUUCACCUAUUUCUUGUAAAUAAUCAGGGAUGAUUCUUGAAUGAUCAGUUAUUUCAAUGGGAUACCAAUUAAUUUGUAUUUUACCUGUUUAUAUGCUU